AUGACCUUAGUUAUUCUCUCAUUAGCACCUCUCAUUUGGCUUAUAUCAAUUAUUUCAUCAAAGAUUUUUAGAAAAUUAUUCGUGCAAGAAUUGAGAGCAUACGAACGUGCUGGAACUAUUGCAGAAGAAGUAUUUAGUAAUGUACGCUUGGUUUUUGCUUUCAAUGGUACUGAACAUGAACAAGCUAGAUACGAAAAACAUAUUGACACUGCUCGAAAACAAGGCAUAAAGAAAGGAGCAAUCGCCGGAAUAAUAAUUGGUUCCAUGUAUUUCAUUCUGUUUGGUUCACAUGCAUUAGCCUUUUGGUAUGGAAAUCAUUUGAUUAAAAAUGAAGAUUAUGAUAUUGCAAAUGUUAUCUUUGUAUUCUUUGCUGUUCUUGUUGGUAUAUUUGCACUUGGACAAAGUGCACCGUAUCGUGAAUCGAUCAAUCAAGCCAAAGUUGCAGCUGCUUCUGUGUGGGAUAUAUUAUCUUCAGAUGAGGAAAAUACAUGGACAUCUGAUGAAGAAAUAUCAAACGUGAACUUUCUUGGAAAAGUGAAGUUUGAUAAUGUAUUUUUUUCAUAUCCAUCAAGAUCAGAUGUACCUGUUCUAAAUGGUUUGAGUUUUGAAGCAACACCUGGUCAAACGUUAGCCUUAGUAGGCACAAGUGGCUGUGGAAAAUCGACAUGUAUGCAUUUGUUACAACAAUUUUAUAAACCAACUAGUGGUCAAAUAUUGUUUGAUGAUCAACCUAUCGAGCAUUUUGAUUUACAACAAUUACGUCACAAGAUAGGUGUUGUGAACCAAGAGCCAGUAAUUAUCAAUGCUCAAGUACUUUUUUCAACAACAAUUUUGAAAAAUAUUCAAUAUGGUCAGUCAAAUGCAACUUUUGCCGAUAUUCAAGAAGCGGUCAUAGCAGCUAAUGCCCACAAUUUUAUCAUGUCUUUACCCGAGAAUUGUAUUUCUCAUGUGUUUUGUCCAUUCCAGAAAUAUGACACGAUAGUCGGCGAACGUGGUGCACAAUUGUCUGGUGGUGAACGUCAACGGAUUGCUAUUGCUCGAGCACUAGUGAGAAAGCCAAUAUUAUUAUUAUUGGAUGAAGCAUCUAGUGCACUUGAUAAUCAAAGUGAACAGACAGUUCAACAAGCAUUGGAAAAUGCAUCGAAAGGUAGUGUUUUUUUUUAUUCAUGUUCUUGUCAAAUAUAAAGAUAGUUUGAUUUCGAAAAUGCAAAGUGAAGAAAAGUUAUUCAUUUUUUGCUUCUAUGACUGUCGAAGUAUCUGUACCAACAUGUUAAGCGAUGUCCGUAUGCUAAACAGAGGUGGCGGCAGGUACAUUUGAAUCAGAGAUGGGCACAGGACAAGAUUUUCCGUCCUGCCCUGUUCACCGCACACUAUAAUCCUAUCCUACCGCUCAGCAGGUCAGGACAGCGCAGGACAGGACAGGACACUGUAUUAAAAACAAUGCAUGUUUAAUUUUUUGUUAAGUAAGGCAUGUAUCACAUCACUUUAAGAUUAUAUGACCAACUUGGGUGUGGAUUGAUGUGGGUGUUUUGUUGUGCUUCCUAAGUCACACCCACAUCGAAAGUACUCCACCAGGAUAAUGGUCGUGCUGCUAGUGCUGGUGGAUUUUUGAUAACUGUAUAGUUGUUCGUGUUUGUCUGCAGAACAACUUUGAGUUUUUCUGAACUGAAAGAAUCUUCUGCGGGAGAAAAUACUUCAAUGAAGUCCAUGUAUUAUUUUACCAAUAAAGUACAAAAAAAUUCAAGAUAAAGCAAAAAUAAAGACAAGAUGUCGAUAUUAUAAGAGAACAAAGAACAAUUGAUAUGCAUUGUUUACAUUUGUUAUGCAUAUAUUCUUUUUUCCUCCCGAUUUGAUUAUCUUAUCGAUCAAUUCGAGAAUAAUCACACUUCUACAUGUAAAGAAUAAUGACAUCUAUCAGUAAGAACGAAUACAUAAUGUUAUUAACGAUGAUAAAUAUCAUAAAUAACUACAGGACAACACCUUCCAUCCGGCCCUGUCCUGUCCUGUGUCAACCUCGACCUGCCGCAUACCAGGACAGGGCAGAAAUUUUAGUUUCAUCCUGCCCUGGUCACCGCACGAUGUAAACCUAUCCUACCGCUCGGUAGGACAGGACAAAAAUUUAUAUAGCAUCCUGUCCUGCAGGACAGGACAGGAUACAGGACGGCCGCACCGGCCCGCCCUGUGCUCAUCUCUGAUUUGAUUAGGAUAUGAAAAAUACUUGUGUGAAAACAUAAGUAAAUGCUAGUCGAUUCUCUUGUUGUGAGUAAUUGAAACAAUACAAGUUGACUAGAGAAUCGUCUCUAAGACCGACUGAAUUUUUUACCAGACGAGGCAAUCUAGAAACCCUUUCGCUUUAUCUAUUUUCAUGUGAAUUAAAGUCUAAUGAUUAUG